AAAUACAUUUUUUAUUGCUUUAUUUCUGCCUUAUUGGAUAUGCUGUGGACGGGAUAUCUUCAGGCAGCACGUGGAGUUUUCAGAGGACAGAGAAAGUGGAUUUGGUGCAGAAGUUCUCCCACAUGUUGGUUAAGACCACCAAUGAGUCUUCAUCAGCAAACAUCCAGAGAUGUCCAACUCUCGAGGUCGGCUUCUACGACAGUCUGGUGAUGGCCACACAGCAGGUGAUUGGAGCAAGGUUUUCAGAAGAGUUCAGUCUGCUGAUGGAGCUGCGGAGCUCUCAGAGAGAAGAGAGUAAUGUGCUGACCGUGUUAAACUCCCAGCAUCACAUCCACCUGCAGCUCCGCCUUGGCCCACAUUCACUCACCUUCAUCUCCACACAGCACAGAGAAUACGAGUUCCCAGUUGGGUCUCUGUGUGACGGUCAGUGGCACCAGGUCUCACUGGGGGUCUCUCCGCUCUGGCUGGAGGUGCAUGUGGACUGUUCUCUGGUGGAGAGAGUGAACUGGGCCUAUCCUUGGCAGGACAUCUCCAGUGACGGCCUGCUGAUGAUCGGAGGCAGCCUGGAGGCCUUUGAGACACCUUUUGAGGGAGUGGUGAGACAAAUGACCUUUGUGAUGGGGGAUCCAGACGCUGCCAGAGACCACUGUACUCUCCACCGGCCGGCCUGCAACCAAAGCAGUGCACUCUGGGUCGACCCAUCAGAGUCAAACCCUCAGGACUCCACCCGUCAUGCUGCGGACCUCGGCUUUAAACUUGUUGAUGAACCUCAAAUCAUUUUGUCCUCAAACACUGAAGAAAGAAGGGAUCAUAUCAUCGACUCCUCUACGACCAUCAAAACGCUGAGAGAAAACAUCAUCCACAAAGAUGCUGCAGACACGGCCUUAUACACCGUGGUGGACUCUACCUCACCGGACUCACACAGGUCAGAGGUGAAACCAGACAACGUCACUUCACUGAUGCAUGAAAACAUGAUAGCAUCAGCGGAGUCUGCUGAAGAUCUCAGGACAAACAGACUUUUAAGGAACAAUGUUGAAGGGCGGUACUCUAAUACGCCGCCUGCUCUACCUGUGAGUGGAGCAGGGAACCUCGUCUAUGGGUCAGACCAGAAGAUCUACAGAAUCAAACAAGGCCCGUCUGGUCCUAUGGGACCUCGAGGAAGAAGAGGGUGUGCUGGGAGAGAAGGCUACGUUGGAUUUAAAGGCGACCAGGGCUCUCAAGGUCUUCCAGGACUGGAUGGGUGGAGAGGGGAUCAAGGGCCUCCAGGACCUCCAGGUCUUCCCACUCUCUAUCUGUGGAGGAACACCGAGGAGGACUGGACUGCUUUCAGGAGACACAGAGAGACUUUAGGGAGGUCCAGGCCUCCCUGCCAGCCUCAGCUUCACCUUGACAGGAUUGGCCUGCCUCCAUUUGUACCCCCGCUGCUGCUUCACUGCCAAGACAAAUAUGAGCGGGAGCAGCAGAGCUGGGUGGUGUAA